UGGGGCAAUAAUGUAGUUUGCAGGAGGACUCCAAGAGAGCUGCUCGGCUUUGCUUCCUGCCCUGUCCUAAAACAAAACUCAUUAUGGUCAGACGAAACUAAUCGGCUUGCCCAGUUGCUGGAGAUCCGAUCUUGAUGCUCUUCAGGAUCGGGCUGAGGAGUGAAAAAGCACAUUCCUGCAGGAGUCGAGGGCUGGUGUCCUGAGCUCCCGAGAAACCAGCCUGCUCACGCUGUGCCCGCCAAGAUGGCUUCCAGCUCAGACUGCCAUUACUGGAACGGCUUGGGGCAAGGAUGUGUGUUGCAAUGGUGAUCAUUUACAAGAAAACACUGGAAAAGAAGGGCGGCGACGAUGUAACAACCCCACGUACAGACUUGAGCCCGCUCCAGGCACAGACCAUGAGCCAGGGAGCUGCACUUUUCUCUUGUGGACUCAUGGAGGCGAGCCGGUGGCGGGAGAUGGGUCACAGCUGUGCGAUCCAGCAGCGGCCCGUCGGGACCAGCCUGGAGAGCCUGUGGGACGUGCUGCCCGAGGUGCAGAGAAGCUCGGCCCACUGGGACUGGGACGUGGGCUCGGCUUCCAGCACCAUCACCAGCUUGCUACAGGACCUCAACCUGGCGGAGGCCGCGUCGUCGCACCCCGCCGCCCCGCCCAGCAAGCGGCAGUGCCGGUCCCUGUCCUGCUCCGACGAGCUGGGCGGCUGCCGCUCCACCUGGCGUCCCCAGGGCUCCCGGGUGUGGACGGCCGUGGAGAAGAGGAGGUGCCACAGCGGAGGCAGCGUCCAGCGCGGCAGCGUCGGGGGCCAGCAGCCGGGCUUCCCCGCCAUGCAGCGCAGCUCCAGCUUCAGCCUGCCCGCCCGCUCCAACACCCUGGAGCCCCCCUGCUUCUCCCAGCGCCUGCCAUGGCCCUCUGCCUUCAGCUGCCUGACGCCCGCCUCGCCCUCCUCCUCCUCCACGCCUUCGGGCCAGGCCCUCUACCUCUCUCAUGAACAGAUUAGCCUCCCCGAGCCCCGUGGGCCGUCACCCCCCAGCUCCCCGGACUCCACCCCGGAGCUGGAGCGCCGCGGGGGCCAGGGGGGUCUCCCCCGUAGCCGCUCACAGCCGUGCGUCCUCAAUGACAAGAAGAUUGGCGUGAAGCGCAGGAGGCCGGCAGACACGCACAAACAAAGGCCCUCACUGGAUCUGGCAAAGAUGACUCAGAAGCGGAAUUUCCACAGCCUCAGCUGCCCCGGAAUCACAGGCGAGGACAUCUGCGAGUCGGGCCAGGUCCCACCCACUCUCAGGUGCAACACUGAUGAAUCAUCUGCAAGCGAACACAGCUCCGAGGACGUUCGGCCCCGACCCAAAGAGGGCGACCCUGGCAGGAGCGAGCCGUCGGACCCCACUGCAGAGGAACUGGACUGGAACCCGACGGACCGCGCCCACGCCUCACCGGGGCCGACCAAUGGGAAGGACGGCGAGCCCGUGUGGGCGGGGCUGUGCAGCACCAGCAGGGACAUGUAUCAACUCGGAGGCGAGCUUGACAUCGAGCAAAUCGAGAGAAACUGAGCUGAGCUGCUUUCCUAGUAGGGAAGCUAUUUUAGAGGACUGGAAGUUUAUCACCAGGUGGUACAAUACACAGUACUGAUAGUCUUAAGGACAAGGCAAGUGGAGAGCUCAUCUAGCUGAUGCUCCAUCACUUGUUUUUUCUUGUUUUUCUUCUUGAGGAGAGACUGAAUAGGAGCUUUGUACAUUAAAUAUGCCCGUGUUUGGGGACUCUGUAGUCUCUACGACUUCCACCACUGUGCCGUUUUCAGUCUUAGGAGAUAAAGGAAGUCGGGGAGGAUGGAUGUAAGUGGAAAUACAACUGAUGAAUAUAUAAAAAAAAAAAAAGAGAGGAUAUAUUAACAUUGGCUCAGAGCUUUUUCCAACAUUUCUCUUUAACCCUGAUUAGCCUAAUCGUGCUUCGUUUGGAGAGAAUUCACAGCAGGUUUGUAUAAAUUCUCUGCACUAAACAGUGUAUUUUCGUCGGAUGUUCUUCACUAGCACACAGGUACAUGAUGGUGAGAAAUGGACAGCACUCCAGGAGCUGGGUCUCUCACUCUUUUUGAGCGGCGAGCUCCGAGCACACGAACGCUCACCGAGUAUGACGAAGAGCUUAACAUUUCACACCGUUAACUUGAGGCCCAACUCUCAGAUCUAUGCUCCCGAAUGUCAAAAGGAAACCUUGAGAUGCUAAUAGCGUUAAUAAUCUUUCUUUUUACGAUUUGUUACUACAAAGUUAUGUAAAACAUGAACAUAAUUUCUAUACAAAUAAAACAGUUUUCAAUGUGUCAUUUUGUAAUCGCAUUAUUUAAAGGGGACCUAUUA